AUGUUGCAAUCCAAAAAAAGAUUGCUACUUUUUUUAAUAGAUCAAAAUAAAAGAAAAUUCCUAUGCCAUAUUUCUUUAGAUUUUCAAGAUCACAAGAUAGUUCAAAAGGUUUUGGCUCACCUGAAGACUUAUCUAAUAUUUGAUAUUUUUUUACUUAUCUUUAUGCUUCUUUCCAAUCAGCCUUUUAGUAUUUCGUUCUCUCUAUUUCUGAAAGCUCAGAUUAAGCUAUUGAUACAUCUAAAGGAUUUGGUUAAUUAGCUUUAGGUAUCAUUUAAUAAUUUUAAAUAUUAUUUUAUCUUGUAUUGUUUUUUCUAAUUUAAAUGUUUUUUAUGCUAUUUAUUUUUAAUUCUACUUUUGUUUCUUUUUUUUAGUUAAAGUUAUAGUUAUUUUUUUUAUUAAUUAAUUUAUGAAUUAGGCACUAGCAGAUUAUUUAUUCGAUAAAUUAAAAAGGAAAUAUACCUAGAGUUUUUAAAUUAACUUUUAAACCUCAAACGCAUUUAAAGCAAGAAGAAUACAAAAGCAUUUAUAAUUAAAUUCCCCUUUUUUUUAGAGCUGUAUUAUAUUUGA